AUGGGUUGGUGGUUGGAAGGGGAGUUGAAUAUGGGAUAUAUGAUGGGGGUAGGGUGGGGGUUUGGUGUUAUAUUUGGUUUAUUUGUGGGGUGGUGGUGGGUGGGGGGUGGGGGGGGGGUUGUGGGAUUUUUUGUGGGGUGGGGUUUUUUGUUGUUGGUUUUUGUGUUGUUGUGUGUUUGUGGUGGUGGGGGGUGGUUUUGGGUGGGGGGGGGUUGGGGUUGGUUUGUGUUGGUUUGGUUGGGUGUGUGGGGUUUUUUUUGUUUGUGUUGGUGUUGUUUGUUGUGGUGUUUUUUUUUGUGUUGUUUUUGUUUUUAUUUUUUGGUGUGUGUGGGUUGGGGUUUGGGGGGUUUUUUGAUGUGUUGGUUUGUUGUUUGUGUUUUUUGGUUGGGGUGUUUUGGUUUUGGGGGGGGUGGGGGUGUUUUUUUUUUUUUUUGGUGUGUUGGGGGGUUUUUGUUUUUUUUUUGUGUUGGGUUGUGUGUUGUUUUUUUUUUUGGUUGGUGGGUUGUUUUAGGGGGUUUUGGGGGGUUUUUUGGUGUUUUGUGGGGGGUGGGUAUUUGGGUUUGUGUGGUUGUUUGUGUUGUUGGUGUGUGGUGGUGGGGUGGUUGGUGGGGGUGGAAAGGUUGGGGAAAAUGUUUGUUUUGGUGGGGUUUUGAAGAUUGGUUGGGGAGGGGGGGGAGGGGGGGGGGGUGUGUGGGGGGGGUGUUUAUGGGAGUGUUUGAUAUGGUUGGUUUGGGAUGGUUGGGUGGGGGGGGGGGGUUUGGGGGGUUUGGGUUGGUUGGUUUGGGGGGGGGGGUUGGGGGGUUGGUGGUGGGGUUUUGGGGGGGGGUGGGGGGUGGUUUGUUUGUUUUUGGUUGUGUUGGGUGGGGUGUGGUGAUUUUGUGUAGGUUUAUUUGUGGUUUAUUUGUUUGUGUGUGGAUUUUGGUUGGGUUGUUUUUUUGGUUGGGGUGGUUUUUUUUGUUUUUGUUGUGGGUUUUGUGUUGUUUUAUUGAGGUUUGUUGGUUUUUUGUUGUUUUGGGUGUGGUUGGGGGUUUGUUUUGGUGUGUGGGGUUUUGGGGGGUGUGGUUGGGUUUUGUUGUGGGUGGUGGUUGGUUUGGUUUUGUUGUGUUGUUUUUUGGGUUUUGGGGUGGUUUUGUUGGGUUUGUGGUUUGUUGGUUGUGUGGUUGGUUUUGGGUUGGGGUGUGGGUUGGAGUUUUUGGUUGUGGGGGGUGUGUUAAAUUGGUUUUGAAUUGUUGUUGGUUGUUGGUUUUUGGGUGGUGGGGUGUUGGUUUUGGGGGGUUGUUGAUUGGGGGGGGUUGGUUGUGUGGGUUUAGUGUGUGGUUAUUGUGGUGGUUUUUGGUUAUGUUUUGUUUUUGGUGGGGGGGGGUGGGGUUUUUUGGGGGGGGUUUUGGUUGGGGGGGGGGUUUGGUUGGGGGGGGGGGUUUUUUGGGGGGGGGGGGGGGUUGUGUUGGGGGGGGGGGUGGUGUGGGGGGGGGGGGGGGGGGGGGUUUUUGUGGGGGGUUGGUUGUGGGGGGGGGGUUUGUUGGGGGGGGGGGGGUGGGGGGGGGGUUUGUGGGGGGGGGGGGGGGGGGGGGGGGGGUGGGUGGUGGGGGGGGGGGGGGGGGGGGGGGUGGGUGGGGGGGGGGGUGGGGGGUGGGUGGGGGGGGGGGUGGGGGGGGGGGGGGGGGGGGGUGGGGGGGGGGGUGGGGGGGGGGGGGUGGGGGGGGGGGGGGGGGGGGGGUGGGUGGUGGGGGGGGGGGGGGGGGGGGGGGGGGGUGUGGGUGGUGGGGGGGGGGGGGUGGGGGGGGGGGGGGGGGGGGGGGGGGGGGGGGGGGGGGGGGGGGGGGGGGGGGGGGGGGGGGGGGGGGGGGGGGGUGGGGGGGGGGGGGGGGGGGGGGGGGUGGGGGGGGGGGGGGGUGGGGGGGGGGGGGGGGGGGGGUGGGGGGGGGGGGGGGGGGGGGGGGGGGGGGGGGGGGGGGGGGGGGGGGGGUGGGGGGGGGGGGGGGGUGUUGUGGGGGGGGGGGGGGGGGGGGGGGGGGUGGGGGGGGGGGGGGGGGGGGGGGGGGGGGGGGGGGGGGGGGGGGGGGGGGGGGGGGGGGGGGGGGGGGGGGGGGGGGGGGUGGGGGGGGGGGGGGGGGGGGGGGGGGGGGGUGGGGGGGGGGGGGGGGGGGGGGGGGGGGGGGGGGGGUGGGGGGGGGGGGGGUGGGGGGGGGGGGGGGGGGGGGUGGGGGGGGGGGGGGGGGGGGGGGGUGGGGGGGGGGGUUGGGGGGGGGGGUGUGUGUGGUUGUGGUGUUGUUGUUGGUGGGGGUGGUGUUAGGUUUUUGUUUUGUUGGUUGGGGGGUGGUGGUUUGGUGGGGGGUUGGGGGUGGUGUGUUUUGUGGGUGGGGGGUUGUUUGGGGGUUGUUAUUUUGUGGUAGUGGGAUUGUUUUGGUUGGUUGUGGUGGUUGUUUGGUUGUGGUGUGUUUGUUGGGUAUUGGUGUUGUUUUGGGUUUGGGUUUUGUUGUAGGUUGUAGUUGGUGUUUUGUGGUGGGGGUGUUGUGUGGGGGUUUUUGUGGUGGUUUGGGUUUUGUUUUUGUUUUUUGGGGGGGGGGGUGUUUUUUGGGGUUUUUGGUUUUAGGUGGUUUUGUUUUUUUGGGGGGUGGUAGGUGGUGGAUGGGUUUGGUUUUUAGGUUGGUUUUUGUUUGGGUGGAUGGUUUUUUUUUUGAGGUUUGGUGGGUGAUGGUGUGUUUUGUUGGGGGUUGUGGGGUUGGUGGAGUGUUUUUUUUUUUUUGUUUUUAUGUGUUUUGGGUUUGGGUUGUUGGGUGUUGGGGGGUGGGGUUUUUGGUUUUGUUGGUUGGUUGUGGGGUUUGUAGGGUUUUGGGGGGGUUGGGGGGUUUGAUUUGGGGGUUUGUGGGGUUUGUUUUGGGUUGGGGUUUGUUUUGUUUUGGGGGUUUUUGGUUUUUAGGGGUGUGGGGGGUGUUGGGUUUGGUUGGUGGGUUUUGGUUUGGUGGUUGUGUUGUUGUGUGGUAUUUUGUUGGGGGUGGUUUUUAUUGGGGGGUUGGUUGUUUUUGUGUGGGGGGGUUGUGGUUGGGUUGUGGUUGGGUGGGGUGGGUUGUGUGGGGGUUUGUUGGUGGUGGGUUUGGGUUUGUUUUGUUUGGUGUUUUUUUGAGUAGUGGUGGUUGUUGGGUUGGGGGUUUUUUUGUUGUUGUGUUGUGGGGGUGUUUGUGUGUGUGUUGGUGGUGUUUGUUGUUGUUUGUUGGGGGGGUUGUGGGGUUUGGGGGGGGGGUGGUUUUGGUUUUUGGGUUUUUUGGUUGUGGUGGUUUGUGGGGUUGUUUUUGUUGGGGGGUGUGUUGUUGGUAUUUUUGGUGGUUUUUUUUUUUGGUUGGUGGUUGUGGGGGGGGGUGUUGUUUUUGUAUUUUGUUGGGGGGGGUUUGGAUUGUUUAUUUUUUUUUUGUGUUGGGUUGGGGGUGGGGGGGGGUUGGGGGGGGGGGGGUUGUGGGUUGUUUUUUGGGUGGGUGGGAUUUUUUUUGUUGUUGUGUUUUUUUUUUUUGUGGUGUGUGGGUGGUGGGUUGGGUUGGGGGGGGGGGGGUGGUGGGUUGUGGUGUAUUUUUGUUUGUGGUUGUGUGGGGUGUGUUGUGUGUGUGUGUUUUUGGUUGGUUGUUGGGGUGUUUUUUUGGGGUGGUGUUGUUGGGGUGGUGGGGUUUUUUUUGGUUGUUGGUUGUUUGUGGUUUUGUUUUUGUGGUUGGGUUGAUUGUUUUUGGGGUUUGUUUGGGUUUUUGUGGGGGUGGGGUUGUUGGGUUAGUGUGGAUGGUUUGUGUGUUUGGGGGUGUGGUGGAGGGGUGGGUUGUGUGGGGGGGGGUGAAGGGGGUUGAGUUUGUGGUUUGGGUUGGUUGGGUGGGGGUUGGGUGGGGGGUAUGGGUUGGGUUGGAGUUGGGGGGGGGGGGGGUUGGGGGGGGGUGGUGUGGGGUUUUGGGGGAGGGGGGGGGGGGGGUGUGGGAUUGUUUUAUUUUUAUGUGGGUUGGUGGGGUGUGGAGUUUUGGGUGUGGAUUUUUUGUGAUAUUGUAA